CUUCAGAGGCUGUUGCAGGGGCUGGAGCUGCCCCCGGAGCUCAGCUGGGCAGGAGCAGUGCAAGGUGCAGGAUGGGCUCGGGCAGGACAAGCCCUGUUGGGCGAGGCAGCUCCCAGCGGGGUGCAGGUGCUGGGGAAGGACCUGGGGAUCUCGGCGCCUCUAGGCUCUGCUCCAGGUCACCCCUCGGCAGGCUGGGAGCAGGGGCUGACAGCCCAGGCACCUGGGUUGCAGCCCUGCUCUGCCCAGGCCAUGCUGGGUGGAGAGGGUUUACCUGAGGUGGGGAUAAGCUGGCAGCUACCCAGUGGGCGUGAGCAAUGGGGCACGGAGACUCGAGGCAGUUUAACCAUUAAACCCUGGCGUCUUGGAGGAGGCAGAGGGUUGGGCCUGCCACUUCACACUGGACCUUGCCCCCUUCUCCCCCAGCUCUCCCACAAGCCAUGAAGCAGACAGGAGGCCUCGAGGACACCAAGGACCUAAUCCUGAAGUUCACGUUCAACCCGAAGGAUGGGAUCGACAACCCAGCUCUGUCGCUGGCUGAGGACACAGACAGGGACAGCGAGGGACAGCCCCGCUUCUACCUGCUGAGCCGCAGCCCCAGUGAAAUCUUUGGCUUCUACCUGCGCACGGAGCUGGGGCACACCGGGCACGUCAUCCGCCAGCUGGAGCCGGGGGGGCCAGCCCAGCGCCAGGGCCUGCAGGAUGGUGACCGGCUCCUGCAGGUCAACGGUGAGGAUGUGGACAGCAUGGAGCACCUCAGGGUGGUGCAGAAGAUCAAGGCCAGUGGGACCCAGGUGUCCGUGACCGUGCUGGAUGGCAACACCUACGAGGUGGCGAAGGCCCUUGGCAGGGAUGUGGGCGCGAUGCUGCCGGGCAUCGCAAGGCCGCUCCUCUGCUACAUCACCAAGGACAAGAGCAGCUUUGGCUUCAGCGUGUCUGCUCCAGAAGGCGUGAAGGGCACGUUCCGGCUGUCCGUGGUGCACGAUGGGCCGGCUGAUAGGGCAGGGGUGCCUGAUGGCUGCUGGCUCCUGGAGCUCAACGGGGCCAGUGUGAAGAACUGCUCCUACACUCAGCUCAGCCGGAAGCUGAAGCAGAGUGGGAGCCAGGUGACGCUGCUGGUGCUGGACGCGGUAGAUGAGGAGCUGUGCCGCCACCGGGGCCUGCGGGUCACGGCUGCCAUGGCCGAUGCCUCCCGUCUGCCCUUCCGGGUUAGAAAGCUGCACAUGGUGAAGGGCCCCAAGGGCUACGGGUUCCUGCUCCAGGAGGAGCCAAGCUGCACCAUAGGCAUCGGGCAGUUCCUGCGGGAGGUGGAUGUGGGGCUGCCGGCUGAGCAGGCAGGCAUGAGGGAUGGCGACCGGCUGCUGGCAGUAAAUGGCAAGAGCGUGGAGGAGCUGGACCACCAGCAGAUCGUGCUGCUCAUCCGGGCCAGUGGCCCCCAGGUGACACUGCUGGUCAUCGAUGCCCAAGGAAAUGCCUUCUUCAAUGCAAUAGGGCUGUCCCCGCUGCUCUUCUACGAGGACCAGGACACUGCAUCGGGCACUCAUGCCUCCUCUCCCGGCCUGCCCCACACCCCCUGCCACCACCGUGCCGGGGGGCCACAGGACAUCAUUGACGAGCCAGAGAGCUGCACCACGCAGGCAGUUCUGGGGGCAGUCGGGGAUGCAGUGACCGUGGUCAGGGGCAGCAAGGUGGAGCAGCAGGUGGCAGAGAGCAGCCCCCAGGUGAUGCUCCCAGAGGGGGAGCAGGGCAGGUGCCACAGCUCCUGGGACCCCAACCUCGUUGCUGCGGCCGAGCGCGCCCAUGCUGGGGAGGCUGCUGCUGGGACCAUGACCCUGCUGGGCUCUGGGCAUCACCGUGGGAGGGCCCAAAGGAGAUGAGUCAGUUGUUGUAGCUGCUCUGCGGCCCCCAGCUCUGCAGAGCCCCCGGCGCACGCUUUGCACACACAUUGCACUGAGAUUCCUUCCCUGGCGGCACGUCCCAGCGAAGGGCUGCACUGACCGGCUUGGAGCACAGGAUAUCCUGGCGCAGGAGCAGGGCUCCCAGGUGUCUCCGUGGACAGCGGUGGCUCUGCCUGGGAGGGCACCCCUGGAAACCAUCCAGCAGUGGCCCAAUGAUUGCUAACAGGCAUGGUUGCCCCACUUGGAGCUGGAAGCCAAGCCUGGCUUUGCCCACUUGCUGCUCACACACAGAGGAGACGGCUCAGAAGCAGUGAAGCCACUCUAGUCCUGGCUUUACUCACAACCCUGCCCGACCCUGGGGACCCAGCUGGCAGGAGGAGAAAACAAUUUGGGUGGGGGGAUCGGGACCAUGGGGUCAGCUCCUGGAUGCUGGCACCAGCCCCAUGGGGAUGGACCUGACCUAGAGGGACUCUGGUCUGGUCAGCAGAAGCUGGCUCGGGUCUACAGGGAUGGGCCCACAGGGAGCACCUGACGCCCGACAUGGUGCCCGCUGCUACAGAAGAUGGGGAGAGCCUGCCCCUUCCCUGCAGCGAGCCCUGGUGCAGCAUUCCCCCACCCCCUGCAAUCAUGUCAUGCAAUCAAAGCCUGAUUAAAUCAUCUGAACCGCU